CCAAAAGACUUGACUUUAUCGGCGUGGAAUAAAGAUAAAACUGAGUGAAUUUUAUUUUUUUGAAUUAUUUACUAGUGGACAGAGGUACUAAAAUGUGUUUAAGACAAAUCUUCUUAACAAUAUUUAUUUCUACGUUAUUCAAAACGUGUCAUUGUAUUGAUACUCGAGUGGAUCCUCUAGUCGACACAAAUGUUGGCUUGAUCCGAGGGAUGAAAGCUGAAGAUGGUGGUUAUGCAAUGUUCUUAGGUAUACCAUAUGGUAAAGUAGAUAAAAAUAACCCUUUCGGACCGUCACUACCACAAGAAAAUUUUGAAGAAAUUUUUGAAGCAUACGAUGAUUCUGCUAUUUGUCCUCAAAUCGAAGAAUUCAACGAAACUAUCACUGGCACACUUGAUUGUCUCCAUCUUAACAUUUACGUACCUGAUGUUGCUAGUACAAAAUCUCCAGUUCCAGUCCUUGUAUGGAUAUAUGGCGGAGCAUUUCAAACAGGAUUUGGUGGUAGAUUUCUGUAUGGACCGAAAUACUUUGUAAGACACGAUAUAAUUUUAGUGACUGUAAAUUACCGCGUCGGACCUUAUGGCUUUAUGUGUCUUAAUGAUUCAAAGGUCCCAGGAAACCAAGGUUUCAAGGACCAACUCUUGGCUCUGAGAUGGAUAAAAGACAAUAUUGAUUCAUUUGGAGGCAACUCUAAUAAAAUUACAUUAUUCGGUGAAAGUGCUGGUGGAGUUGCAAUAGAUUAUCAUUUAUUUUCGAAACAAGAAAAAUUAUUCAAUAAUUUAAUAAUACAAAGUGGUACAUCAUUGUUACCUUCACUUAUUGGUGAGCCUGAGGCAGCACGUACACUCAAUUUAGCAUCAAUAUUAGGUUUUGAAACGAUAAAUUUAAAUGAAGCUCUUUCUUUCCUUGGUAAGCAAAGUACUAAUUCAGUUAUAGACGCUAUGAGACAGGUACCAAGGUACUUACCUUGUGUGGAAAAUGAUUUUAACAAUGUGGAAAAAUUCAUAUCAGAUUAUCCUUUAAACCUGGACAUACCCAAAGCUAAAGACGUACCAAUAUUAAUUGGCCACACCGAUGAUGAGAGGCUUUUACUACACGUAAACAAAAAUCCAGAGUAUUAUGAACAUUUGAACAUUUUUCAUGAGAAGUUAUUUAACGCUUUCAAUUUCAAUUCCUCACAACUAGCAGACGCAGUUAAGAAUUUUCGACAUUUUUAUAUAGGCGAUGAAGAAAUUACUGAACAAGAAAAAUUUAGCAUUAUAGAUUUUGAUUCGGAUUUUACUUAUGUACAUCCAACACAAAGAAGUAUCAAACAAUAUAUGGAAAAUAAUGCAGGUGACAUAUAUUACUAUAUGUUUUCUUACAAUGGUGGAAGAAACUUUGUUAAGAAACGACAUAAUGUAACUAUUGGAGGUGCAGCACAUGCUGACGAGAUUGGAUAUUUAUUUGAUAUAUCAUACAUGAAGGACGAACCAUCGCACGAAGACCAGUUGAUAAUCGAUAGAAUGACUACACUUUGGGCUAAUUUUGUCAAAUACAGCAACCCAACGCCGCAGAUUUCAGACUUAUUACCUGUCGACUGGAAACCUGUGGAAAAUAAUUUACUACACUACCUUGAAAUAGAUUCAGAGCUGACAUUGAAGAAAAGACCUUUCAAUAAGAGAAUGGCAUUCUGGGAUUUAUUUUAUAGGCACAAUUAUAAAUUGCAAAAAGGUUAUAGAAAUAGGGAUAAAUGGUAGUAUUGAAAAUAUUGAAUUGAACAAAGAAAUGAUAAUUUCAUUUUGCACAUUUGUAAUAAUAACUAUUUUCUUGAAAUCUUAUUUCUAUCCUUCGA